GGCCUGCAAGAAGCUCGGCUUCCAAGUUCAUUGAACCUGCACGAGGUCAUUGCAGGUUGUAGAGCACAAGUUCUGAAGAACUCUGCUCCAGUCUACUCGGAGAAGCGCUUUCGACCCUUGUCGCUUGAAUUCAAGAGUCCACUGCAUUGAAAGCAGCGGUUGGUGGAGGAAGCGGCCUGACUGCAACUCGACCCCCAUCAUCGAGUCCGAGCCAACGACAUCACCUUCGCCUUACACUCACAGCCACCCUCUCUCUCACUUCACAGUCGAACAAGAUGCCUACUCCCGAGUCAGAGCUCUUCUUGGCCAAGAAACCAAAAGUACCACCCACGUUUGAAGGUGUCGACUUCUCCGACAAUCAGGCUGUUGCGGAUGCCAGAGAUGCGAUUGUACGAGAACAAUGGGUGGGCCAGAUGAUGCAAAGAUUAGUGGGCGAAGAGAUGGGAAAGUGCUAUCUACGGGAGGGCGUCAACCACCUUGAAAAGUGCGGCAAAUACAGAGAACGAUACCUGCAGCUAUUAAAAUCGAACAAAGAGAAAGGUUACCGUGGGCGACAACAGAACUACCUUCCAGGCGUCGAUGGUCCUGCGGGUGGUCCAGCCAUUCAUACCGACUACCCUUCAGCACAGGAAGCCAAAGGAGCGAAAGGUUCCGAUUACCGGGCUGGUAACACCACUGGUCAAGGAGGCAACACGCUUUACUAAGACGAGGACAUCAUUCAAGGAGUUUCAAGGGAAGAAAUGUACAUAUUAUCUGGACGACUGGCGACGAAGUCUGGGAGUGCAGAUGGAAUACCAAUAUUUAUUCGACUGAUCACAUGAACUGCUG